AUGAUGACGGGCAGAUCAGUGAAGGACGUUGACAGAUACCAGGCUGUCCUCACCUCGCUGCUGGUGCGGGAGGAGAAUAAAUUCUGCGCCGACUGCGACUCCAAAGGUCCGAGAUGGGCGUCCUGGAAUUUGGGUAUUUUUAUCUGCAUCCGCUGUGCUGGUAUCCAUCGAAACCUCGGCGUUCACAUCUCCAAGGUCAAGUCCGUCAACCUGGAUCAGUGGACGCAGGAGCAGGUCCAGUGUGUUCAGGAGAUGGGAAAUGCGAAGGCCAAACGUCUCUAUGAGGCUUUCUUACCUGAGUGCUUCCAGCGCCCUGAGACAGACCAGUCUGCAGAGAUCUUCAUCAGGGACAAGUAUGAUAAGAAGAAGUACAUGGAUAAGGUCAUUGACAUCCAUAUGCUCAGAAAAGAAAAAAGCUGCGACAAUAUACCCAAGGAACCGGUCGUGUUUGAGAAGAUGAAAUUGAAAAAAGACAUCAGCCCGAAGACAGUUUCCCAGUCUGUUACAGACCUGAUUGGACUAGAUGCCCCUGCACCAAGUCCUGCAGUGUAUAAUGGUGGAGGAUGUGUUCCAGACUGUAACACGACACAGAGCCCAGCGGUGCCUAAUCCACCUCUGGCACACUCUGCCCUGGAUCUCUUUAGCUCUCUGCCAACAACCUCCUCUGUUUCCUCCGCUAAAACAACGCCUGUUUCCAGUUCUAUGCCUCAGAGCAGAGUGACUGCCUCUGUGCCUGCAAACCUCAGUCUGUUCCUGGAUCCAGCACCCAAAGCAGAGGAGGGCACAGUCAAGAAGCUGUCCAAGGACUCUAUUCUCUCCCUGUAUGCUUCCACCCCCUCAGUGCACGCCAGCAGUAUGGCUCCUCAUGGCUUGUACAUGAACCAAAUGGGAUACCCGACACACCCGUACGGUUCCUACCAUUCCUUAGUCCAGACAGCUGGAAUGGGAGGUGCCAUGGGGACAUCACAAAUGGCGAUGAUGGGACAGCAACAGAGCAGCAUGAUGGGGGUUCAACAAAAUUCUAUGAUUGGAGUACAGCAGAAUGGCAUAAUGGGUGCCCAGAGUGUCAUGGCUCAGCCGAGCGGCAUGGUGACGUCGCCCUACAUGACCGCGAUGAACCAGGGUAUGAUGGGACAGCAACAAAGUGGAAUGAUGGUACAGCAACAGAAUGGCAUUAUGGGACAGAAGCAGGGUGGGAAGAUGGGACAGCAGCAGAGUGGGGUGAUGGGACAGCAGCAGGUUGGAGGUUUAACCACAUUACCACACCAGCAGGUUUAUGGAGUGCAGCAAACCCAGCAACUACAGUGGAACAUUGCCCAGAUGACUCAGCACAUGGCCGGCAUGAAUGUCUACAACACCAACGACAUGAUGGGAUACAGCAGUCAACACAUGGGAGGUUCAACAACUCAGAGUUCAGUGCACAUGACAGCACACAUCUGGAAGUGA